AUGAGCGACUUAGACAACUCCACAACCACCGACAUCUCUGAGACAGACAACAAUGAUGGAGACUUAGGUGAGAAGGCAGCAGUUCUAGUAUCUGGGAUUGUGCUCUUUAUCUCCACAAUGUUAGUUAUGUACCAACUCUGGAAAUACUAUAAACAUCUGAUAUACAAGCCUGCCCAAAUUGCUCUCAUGAUCUUAUUCUUAAUGCCAAUAUUCAUUGGCUGGACUGCCCUCGCUGUCAUUUCCACAAUGGAGAAGCAAAAGACUUUGGAGUUUUGCCUGAACGUCUAUAAAUCAAUCGGUCUCAUUGCCUUCAUGUUCUAUAUCGACAGAAUGAUGGGGUGGGUCAAAAACGGUGACGAAAGCACAUACUCAAGAAAAGAACGACAAGAAUGCUUGAUGAGAGUAGGCAGUGCUAAAUGCAUUUAUGGCUGUAUCAAGCCAUCUCCAUUGACUACUCCUAAAGAGGCUGAUUCCUACAUGAACAAAACUUAUGCAGGAGUGUUACAGCUUUCAAUAGUUUUACUUUUAAUAGGUAUUGGAGACCUCAUUGUCUAUUUCUGGUUCCAUGACGUCUGGGUUUAUAAAGGUCCAGCCCAUUACUCCUUAGCUUACCUUGCACUUAUUGCCAAAGUUGUCAGCUCUUGUUUUGCUCUCAACUAUUUGUUUAACUUUUCCCAUUUCGCACAUCACAUUCCAGAACUUGAAAGACUAGGGAUUACAACUAAGUUUUAUAUUAUAAAGCUUACUAUGAUGUUCACUGAAAUUCAGCCAAUUCUUAUCUUGUUUUUGGCUGAGCUCGGAGCCAUUUCUAACGAUUCUAACUCCCCCCUUAAAUUGGAACAAAACAUAGGUAAAAUUUUUAUUUUUGACCCACUUUAAAUUGUAACAAUUUUUUUUCAACGAAAAAUUUUAUAGGUAAAAAUAUUAAUAAAUAUAAAAUUGGUCUUGAACUAAUUAAAUGGAAAUGGUGCAAUUAAAACAAUAUUUAAGCAGUUUUCACACUGAAUCGAUUUUUUUUUAAUUAAUUCUUCAUAAAAUAAAUUAAAAUACAAAAAGGAUGCGUUAAUUUAAAUUUUUUUUUUAUUGAGAAAGUUUAAUAUAGAUUUUUAUUAAAAAUAUUAACCCUCCUUUAAAUUGGAGCAGGGUUUAUUGCCCUAAUUUAAAUUGGGGAGAGUAAGUAUAAUGCUGAAGAGAUAACGACUUAUACCAACAGCUUGCUGUUGUGCUCAGAAAUGAUUGUAGUAGGAUUUUUGCAGCUUUUAGUUUUCCCUGUCGAAGAUUUCGUCCACCACCCAGAAACAAGAAAGCCACUUACUCCCCCAGUAAUAAGAAAAUUCUUGCUUAUUAUUGGGGAGUUUUGCCAAAAUUUGAAAAUAGUAAUUUUAUAUGAAUAGAUGAAAACUUGCUUAUUAUUAGGGGUUUUCAGAUAAAAAGUGAAAAAUAAAAAUUUUGGGCAGUUUAUCUCCAAUAAUGGCAAUUUUCAUACUAUCAUAUAAAAUUUACUAUUUAGAAAAAUUUUGUGCUAAAACCCCACGAAUAAGCAAGAAUUUGCUUAUUACUGGGAGAAUUAAAGAAGUUUAA